AUGUCCCAGCUCGACCACCCUGCGCCGGUGCUGGAAAAGAUUGUGCCGGCUGACGACAACUAUGGCCACGACCCUGUUCACGACAUUGACGAGCCGAACAAGACGGUUCUGCCACCAUCACCCAGUGUCAGUGGCGAUCUCGAAGCCGCACAGGCCGACGACAACAAGCAGUGGCUCGAGAAGGAUCCCUUCGUCCAUGAUGAGGUCAAGGAGGUGGUCCCUGACCAAGCCUUCAAGUGGAACGUCGACGGCGACCAGAGCCCGUUCCCCGAGGUUGCUGCCAACGUGCCAAACACGGACGACCCCACUAUCCAAGUCAAUAACGUGCGCAUGUGGUUCCUCUUAACCGUCUUUGUUAUUCUUUUUGCGGGCGUCAACCAGUUCUUUAACCUCCGCUACCCAUCGCUUACCAUGGGCUAUGUCGUGGCGCAGCUCCUUGUCUUCCCCAUAGGCAAGGUUUGGGCACGCUUCUUGCCCGACUGGAAGAUUGGGUUUGGGCGAUUCUCGUUCCGACUCAACCCUGGCCCAUUCACUAUCAAGGAGCACGCCGUGAUUGUCAUCUGUGUGUCGCUCACUUCGACACCCGCGUACGCCAUGCCUGCUCUGGUUGCCAUCCAGAGUGACGUAUACUGGGGCAGAGACUGGGGAGCAGGAUUUGGAUUCCUCUACCUCCUCACGUCUCAAAUGCUGGGCUUUGGCUUUGCAGGCCUCGCCCGCCGUUGGAUCGUUUACCCUGCUGCAUUGGUAUGGCCCCAGACCCUCUCUUCUACGGCACUCUUCCGUGCCCUUCACGAGCAGUCUGACUCCGGCACCGCCAACGGCUGGAGCCUGUCUCGGUACCGAUUCUUCGGCUACUUUACACUUUUCGCCUUUAUCACGUUCUGGUUCCCGGACUACAUUGCCACAUGCUUGUCGUCGUUCGCUUUUAUCACUUGGAUCUGGCCGCACAAUCAAAAGAUCAAUACAAUCUUUGGCAUGAGCUCGGGGUUGGGUCUCUUGCCUAUUUCGUUUGACUGGACAGUUAUCAACUAUGCUGGCCAGCCGCUCAUGACGCCGUUCUACAUCACCGCCAACUGCUUUGCGGUCGUAGUUAUCUUUUACUUGUUUCUCUCCCCGAUCCUGUACUACAAGAAUGUUUGGAACAGCGCUUACCUCCCGCUUCUGUCGUCGAGCACCUUCGACAACACGGGUGGGACGUACAACGUAUCCCGUGUUGUUAACCAUGAAACCCUCGACUUCAACGCGACAGCAUACCACGAGUACUCGCCAAUGUACAUUUCCAUGUCGUACUCACUGUCAUAUGCCCUGUCAUUUGCAGCAGUCACCUCCAUGAUUGUCUACAUUGCUCUCUGGAAUGGCAAGGACAUUGUGGCCAAGUUUAAGAAUGCGGCUCACGGCGGUGAGGAUAUCCACAAACGGUUGAUGAACAACUACAAAGAGGUCCCCGACUGGUGGUACGGUGUCCUCACUCUCGUCGUUUGUGGACUCGGAAUCUUUACUAUUCGAUACUGGCCAACUGAGCUCCCCGUCUGGGGCUUCAUCGUCUUUUGCUGCGGCCUGGGGGCGCUCCUCAUCAUUCCCGAGGGAAUUCUGGAGGGAACGACAAACCAGCGCGUGUUCCUCAACAUUAUCACAGAGCUUAUUGCGGGCUACAUCUGGCCAGGCAAGGCAGUAGCCAACAUUAUGGUCAAGACGUUUGGAUAUAAUUCAGUCAAACACGGGCUGGACUUUGCCGCUGACCUCAAAUUGGGCCAGUACAUGCUCUACUCCGCGGUCCUCUCAUGCGCAACGAUUACUGGCGUUCUGCGCUGGAUGAUGGGUCACAUUGAGGGCCUCUGCAAUCCGAACAAUUCCGCACGCUUCAUCUGCGCUGGUGCCAAGGUCAUCUACAACGCCAGCAUCAUUUGGGGUACUAUCGGUCCCCAACGCAUGUUCCAGCACGGACAGGUGUACAGCGCCAUCAUGUACUUUUUCCUCAUAGGACCGGUUUUCACGGUGGUCGUUUACCUCAUCUAUCGCCGCUACCCCAACAGCUGGGUCAAGUAUGUUAACCCGCCAAUUUUCUUCAAUGCCGCAGGUAACAUUCCCCCUGCCAACACAACGCAGUACUCGCUCUGGUUCAUCUUCGGGUUCUUAUUCAACCAUCUUAUUCGUCGCCGCGCGUUCGCUUGGUGGAAGAAAUACAACUAUCUGCUGCAAGCGUCAAUGGACACCGGUGUGGCGCUGGCAACUAUUCUCAUUUUCUUCGCCUUGUCCUACACAGGGACAGUCUUUUCAUGGGCACUCAACAACGUUGGAGCGAACACAUACGAUAAGAAAAGUGUUCCAUGGCUGAAGGUUGAGAGUGGUUCUCAUUUCGGACCGGAUGUCGGCACCUUCUAG